AUGGAUCUUUUUGUGAAGCCCGCCCACCAUCCGAUGGAAGAAUGGACUCGCCAGCAGCUAGUGGAUGCGAAGAAAAGCCGUCAGAUCCAAGGCGCAGGGGCUUCAAGGGCGGCUGGGAGAGUAUACUUACGCGACGGGUUGCCCAUUCCUGUUGACGAGAACAGAUCUCAGGUCAGCAUGUUCAGGGAGAAAAACAGUGGUGAUCUUUUCGACGGCUCACUUCAAACAACCGAAGCCACAAAAAAUGAAAAGGCAUCCUGCGCAAGGAGACCUCGUUUGUCGUCUGAACGGACCAGCUACAUCGAAUUGAGGGCAAUCCAUGAGUUGAUCGCCCUCCUUGUGCGAAAGACCCGGGGAAAGGGCUCUAGAUACGUGCUCGAUUACCAAACCCGGAGCGGCGCCAGCUCUCGUGUCGAACCCCUCCCUCCUCCAGCCUGUUUCUCCAAACAACCCCUCCCUGGCCGGUCCGUGGCCCCUCAGCUCUGGAAAGUCGGAAAUCUGGCCGCACAACGCCCGCCCAGCAGCUCUCGCAGCUGUCCCGAUCUGUCGUCGUUGCGGAUUUCGCCCCAGGCCGCAAACGCAGCAGAUCCUGAAUCUCCAGUCAAUAGCGCACGGGAGUUUACGGAGAGUCCGUCCCGCUCCUCCUCUCCGGAGGCACCAAGUCGCCGGAGCAGAUCACGGAAGCUCGCAUCGACCGGCAAGAGAGCAUCGAGAAAGGCGCGCAGUGUCCUGGAUCGCUUUCGAGCCCUUCAUCGCAGAGCAGCCGCCAAGAUGGCACAUUCAUCCAUCAAGGUAGACACGAAUGUUCACGGUACGAAACGGGGCUUUUCUCACGAUGACGAUGAUGAGACUUCGUCGGCUGGGGAGCGGGAACCGGUAGCAGCUGGUGGUCAUCCCAGCCUUCCUCCAUUCCUAGAUCUGCCAGUAUCAGAGGUGCGGAAGAAAUUCGAAGAUCUGGAGUGGCUUCAACGAGCGCGCAUUACCGAAGGGGCAAUGGCCAAUGAUCCGUCGCAUCGGUGGGCGUUGGAGACUGACCCUGAGGUAAAGGCGCGGAACCGAUAUUUCAAUGUGCAGGCAUGGGCGAAUUCUCGGAUCCAUCUCAAGGUCCCCGAGGGGGAGUGCGACUUUAUAAAUGCGUCACCGAUCGUGCUGAAGGAUUCUUGCACGGGACAAGAAACGAGGUAUAUUGCGACACAGGGCCCGAAAGAUGGCAUUCACGUUACGCACUUCUGGCAUAUGGUGUAUCACGAAACCAAGGAAGUCGCCGUAAUAGUGAUGCUCACGCAGACUUUCGAGGCUGGCAGGGAAAAGUGUGCCCAAUAUUUCCCGGUGGACCUUGAGCAUCCCUCCAUGGACCUGCCAGUUGAGCCGCCGGAUCCAUUUGUGAACGACGAAACGCACCACAAAAUUAAUGAGGAUAUGCUGGGGAAGAUCACUUUGCUGGAAUCUGAAUUCGAUGAGGCAUGCCGAUCCGAGGUCCGAAAACUCGAGCUCAAGAUUGGGUCACAGACCAAGAUAGUCUGGCACUACCUGUUCGCUGGAUGGGCGGAUUAUUCGAAACCUGAAGGCGAGAAUCGGGAAGCCCUCCUCCGGCUGAUCAAGCAGAGUGCCUCCAGGAGUACUCCUGACAAUCCUCGGGUGGUGCAUUGUAGCGCGGGCGUGGGCCGGACGGGUACUUUCAUUGCUCUCGACCACCUGCUCAGGGAGCUGGAAUCGGGUGAAUUACUCAAGGCGACUAGCUGCGAGGAAGAUCCAGUCUUUGAAACGGUCAACCAGCUGCGGGAGCAGCGGAUGAUGAUGGUAUAUAACGAGAUGCAGCUUCAUUUUAUCUACGAGGUUUUGAGGGAGCAGAGCCUCCGGAAGCUUGGAGUCAUGAGCGAAGGAGACCCACGGACGGAGUUGAGAUCUCCAAAAGUCGCCAAGCUGUCUGUUGACACCGAUAAUACCUUUUCUGCAAAACCUGAGCUGGAGCCUGUGCCAGACCGCGCUGCCACUCCUACCAGGAGCUGGUCCGGCACUCCUGAGGUUUCGGAUAAUGAGUAA